AUGGUUGUGCUUGAGAUGGUUGUCCUUGGAAUGGUUCACCUUGUGAUGGAGCUUGUGUUAGUUGAGAUGAAUAUUGUUGAGGUUGUAGCUGUUGUUGUUGAGGUUGUAGCUGUUGUUGUUGAGGUUGUAGCUGUUGCUGUUGAGGCUGUAACUGUUGUAGUUGUUGGGGAGGUUGUACAUGUUGCUGUUGAGGCUGUAACUGUUGUUGAGGCUGUAACUGUUGUAGUUGUUGCUGAGGUUGUAACUGUUGCUGUUGAGGCUGUAACUGUGGCUGAGGUUGUAACUGUUGCUGUUGAGGAGGUUGUAAAUGUUGUGGUAAAGAAUGCUGUACCUGUUGUGGAACAGGAAUCUGGCCCUGAGGAAAUUGUUGAACGUAUGAGGUGUAUCCAAUUGAUUGUUGUUGUGGUGUAGCCCCGGUAUUUUGCAUUGAAUUUGAUCCAGAAGAAUAUUGCUCCAAAGACGAUGGUCCAGAUGAAGGAGGCGUUGUUGAAAGAGCAUUGUGAGUGUAAGAAUUUGGACCUCUUGCAGAAUAGUCUGUGACAAUUUGCUGAUUGUUUCUGUCAUUCAUCACUUGUUCAUAAUGGUUUGUUUGACCAAAUGGUAAACUUUGUUGAGGUUGUUGCGAUUGAUGGUAAUGUCCUGCUGUUGUCAUCCC